UUAAUAUAAAUCAAUAGAUAAUGUUUCACAUGGCACAUCUCCUUUUUUCCAAUACUCCACAUUCAUACAAAUGUCAAGUUUAACGUAUUCCUGUAAGACAUGGUGAAUGAUGUGAUGGCCUGCUUUCCCUUUCUCUCUUUGUCUAACUUUUUGGGUUCCUGCAUUCAAAAACAGUGCGGAGUGAAGUACGAGGAUAUGGGAGUGAUGAGUGCCUACCGGGCCCAGGUGAAGCUCCUCGCAAUGAAAAUUCCCACCCAGGUGGAGGUGAACACCAUCGACCAGUACCAGGGACGGGACAAGGACCUCGUCAUCAUCUCCACCGCCAAACAAUCGGGGAGGAACAAUGGGGACAUCUGGUGCGACCAUCGACGUCUCACGGUGGCAGUGACGCGGGCCAAAAAGAAGCUCAUCAUGCUUGGGAAUGCGAAACACCUGCAAGAUGUCCCUCCAUUUGCCAAGCUCUUUAAGUCAUUAGACGAGGUGCACGUGAUCCACCUAGAAUCAUCUCAGCUCGGGGACCUUCCUUCCAUUUGACGAUCGAGAGUACAAAAGUGAAAUUUAUAGGGUACAAUUUUUCUUGUGUCAAAUUUUCAUUUAUCCUGGAACUUCCUACGCAUUUUAAUAAAGAAGGAUUUGAUUUCAU